AUGGGCUGUGCGCUCGUAACGGGCAAGAAACACCCAGCUCCCAAGCCCAGGUCCGAUGCUUGCCGCUGCCUGCCCAGCGACAACUGCUGGCCAUCCGACAAUACUUGGGAUGGCCUCAACAACACGGUCAACGGCCAGCUGAUCAAGACAGUUCCCAUCGGCUCGCCUUGCCACGAUCCCACCUAUGAUGCCGAAGCAUGCGAUGCGCUGCAGCAGCGUUGGACGGAGGGAAGUCUGCACUUGCCCACUGACUCCAGCCCGAUGCAGAUGUACUUUGCCAACCAGUCGUGUGACGCAUUCACACCCCGCGACCAGCCCUGCGUGUUGGGCAACUACGUCGCGUACUCUGUGAAAGUGUCCGAGCCCAAGGACGCUGUUGCGGCGGUCAAGUUCGCCAACAAGAACAACCUCCGUCUUGUCAUCAGGAACACGGGCCAUGACUUCUUUGGUAGGUCUACUGGUGCCGGUGCCCUCUCGAUCUGGACCCAUCACCUCAAGAGCACCGAUAUUAUUCCCAACUACUCGUCCAAAUCAUACUCGGGCCCUGCGAUGCGCGUCGGUGCUGGCGUGACGGGCGCCGAAGCCGCCGAAGCCGCCCACAAGGCAGGCCUCACCGUCGUCGUCGGCGGAUGCCCCAGUGUUGGCGUCGCUGGUGGCUACACCCAAGGAGGCGGCCACUCCACCCUCAGCACAGCCUAUGGUCUCGCAGCCGACCAGGCCCUCGAGUACGAGGUCGUCACGGCAGACGGCGCCAUCCUCACCGCCUCCCCUAAGGAGAACAAGGACCUCUUCUGGGCGCUCAGCGGUGGAGGUGGUGGCAACUACGCCGUCGUCACCAGCGUCGUCGUCCGUGCCCACGAGUCUGGCAACGUUGGCGGUGGCAGCAUGCAGAUCCUCGCCAGCGACGUGACGCCCGCCACAUACGCCGCCAUCAUCGCCAAGUUCCACGAGCUGGCGCCCAAGAUGGCCGACAGCGGCGCAACCAUCAUGUACAUCCUCAACGGCCUCUACUUCAGCCUCACGCCCGUCACCGUCGUCGACUCGACCGGCGACUACGUGCGCAACGAGGUCCUGGGCGAGUUCAUUGACUUUCUCGAGGAGAACAACGUCAAAUACGCCGCCGGCUUCUCCACGCUAGCUUUUCGCGACCACUACGACCGCUACCUAGGCCCCCUGCCGUGGGGCAGCCUCUCCAGCUCCGACUACCAGUACGGCGGCCGCCUCAUCCCCCGCUCCGUCGUCGAGGACGAGCCGGCGAAGCUGUCGGGCGCCGUCAUCUCCCUCCUGCCCGAGGGCGUCAUCGCCGUCGGCACGCUGGGCAACUUCACCCCGCCCCACGCCGUCUCCAACGCCGUCCACCCCAAGUGGCGCUCGACCCUGAUUCAGCUGCAGCUCCUGACCCAGUGGUCCACCAAGCCUGAGGACUGGGACGCCAUGCUGGCCAACCAGGCCCGCAUGACGAACGACUAUGUGCCUAGGAUCAAGGCCGUCACGCCUGAUGGCGCGGCCUACAUGAACGAGGCGGAUUUCCACGAGCCCGACUGGAAGAACGCCUUCUAUGGAGAGGGCUACGAGCAGUUGGUCAAGACGAAGAAGGAGUGGGAUCCCAAGGGUCUUUUCUGGACUCUCAAGGGUGUCGCGAGUGAUCAAUGGACCGUGGCGGAGGAUGGCAAGAUGUGUCGCGCUGCGUGA